AUGCGAGAAAGGUUAUACAAGAGUUUAUUCGGACUAAGGUAUUUGAUUGUUCUAGAUGAUAUGAAUGUGAAAUCCUUGUUUCCGGAUACAAACAAUGGAAGUCGAGUUGUUGUGACUACUAGGAAUGCGGAUGUAGCCAAUCACUCGGGCGAUCGUGUUGAAAUGGGUUUUCUGGACGAGGACAAUAGUUGGCAUCUCUUUUGUCAAAAUGCAUUUGCAGAGAAACAAGGUUGCCCUCCUGAGUUGGAGGAGACUGCAAGGAAGAUAGUUGCACGGUGCAAAGGACUUCCCCUAGCAAUUAUUGUUGCCGGAGGCCGUCUCAGGAAGUCCCCAACGGAUCUAGCCAACUGGGAGAAUGUUGCACAAUCAAUUUUGUAUUCUACAAUGAGCACUUCUUGA